AUGUAUCAGUCGAAUAUCCCCUCUGUUAUUGACGUGUCAGUAGUCUCUCCCCCUGAUAUUGACGUGUCAGUAGUCUCUCCCCCUGAUAUUGACGUGUCAGUAGUCUCUCCUCCUGAUAUUGACGUGUCAGUAGAGUCUUCCCCUGAUAUUGACGUGUCAGUAGAGUCUCCCCCUGAUAUUGACGUGUCAGUAGUCUCUCCCCCUGAUAUUGACGUGUCAGUAGUCUCUCCUCCUGAUAUUGACGUGUCAGUAGAGUCUUCCCCUGAUAUUGACGUGUCAGUAGAGUCUCCCCCUGAUAUUGACGUGUCAGUAGAGUCUUCCCCUGAUAUUGACGUGUCAGUAGAGUCUUCCCCUGAUAUUGACGUGUCAGUAGUCUCUCCUCCUGAUAUUGACGUGUCAGUAGUCUCUCCCCCUGAUAUUGACGUGUCAGUAGUCUCUCCCCCUGAUAUUGACGUGUCAGUAGUCUCUCCCCCUGAUAUUGACGUGUCAGUAGUCUCUCCCCCUGAUAUUGACGUGUCAGUAGAGUCUCCCCCUGAUACUGACGUGUCAGUAGUCUCUCCCCCUGAUAUUGACGUGUCAGUAGAGUCUCCCCCUGAUAUUGACGUGUCAGUAGUCUCUCCCCCUGAUAUUGACGUGUCAGUAGAGUCUCCCCCUGAUAUUGACGUGUCAGUAGUCUCUCCCCCUGAUAUUGACGUGUCAGUAGAGUCUCCCCCUGAUAUUGACGUGUCAGUAGUCUCCCCCUGA